AUUCCACGGGAUCACAAGGUCGAAGCAUAAAGGGUACCAGUCUAAGGGUAAACCAAGAUGGAGGCGUCUUCCAGCAGUGCCUGCAAAACUUGGGAAGUUAUUUUUGAGAGAUACAAACAGACGUGGAAGUGGUAUGAAAAUUGGGUUUCUGAAAAUCCGGAGAUAGUGUCACAGAUCGAGAAGACCUUCAGGGUGUUUUCGUAUCUCCUUCCCGGUGCAGUAAAUGUUGACACAGUUGUAGCAGAGUUUGUGUUUUCCCUUUCCAACUUGCUGGUCUUAUUUCAUGAUGGAAUACUGCGCAAGGCUCGUGGCUUGACAGCCCCGUCUCUUGCCAUAUCAGCUCAGCGGUUGAUGCAAUGGCUGACAGUGAUCGACCACACCGAGGUCUUUGUAGAGUUAGCUGCGUCCAGAUGCUGGGGGGAGGCCGGCCGAUGGUUCUUCAUUGCGCUGAUUCAAAUACUCAGAUCUAUCUUCCGGCUGAUCCUCCUCCUCAAGCACAAAGCGGGUGUGAGGUCACAGCCUCCUCUCCAGCCGUUAAACCGAGACAGCGACCUGAAACCAUCUACAACUGAAGCAGCGGGAGAGGGGGCAGAUACGUCAGAGACUGGAGAAAGACUAGUACUAGGCAUGGCUGGGAGGACUUCACGGGUCACCUUCAGGGGCGAGAGGUCGGGUCGGGUUGUGAGGUCGCUAGAUGCAACCCCCAAUAUUCACCAGAGAACGUGGAGACUACCCCCCAGCGAGGCAGAGAAUGAACGGGACAGUACCUCACUGGAAAAUGAACAGCCAACAGAACUCAUGGGAUUCCCUCUGGCAGGAGAAUCUCUGCAGAUAGCAAGGCCUCUGUUGCAUUUGACUGCACUUUUAGUGUGGGGUCAGUCGUCAUGGAAACCAUGGUUGCUCUCUCUGGCAGCGGACAUUGCAAGUUUGCAGAUGCUGAAAUCCUCUAAACGCUAUAAUCGUUCAGAGAGAAAGGAAUUAAGCAAUCGAUCCACAAUGCUGCUACUGUAUUUGCUACGCUCUCCAUGCUACGACCGCUACACUGAGUCCAGACUUCGUGCCUUCUUGUCAGGGGUCUCAAACACUCUCCCUGGGGCACGUCUAAUCAUGAAUCCACUGAUAGAGUAUCUACCUGUCUGGCAGAGGAUCUAUUUUUACAACUGGGGCCGAUAAAGUGUCUGGUGUGCAUCGUCUUCUGCAACUCGCACCCUGUCAUCGAGCGUUGUACGGCACAGAACAUUUCCUUCAAUUAAAUGAGGCAUGGCUUCGUCGCGAAGUACACUGGACACCCAACCAGUCGUUCACACCAUCCUUGGAAAGGUUUUCAGCACAGGUGGUUUAUUUACAUUCUCUGUUUGGGACCUUCCUCUCUUUACACAGACGAGUAUUUGUUUGAAAACAAAUAAUGGAAAAGAGUUCCGAGUGAGCAGGACCCCAGGCUCUGAGUUUCUUAAAAGCCCACCCUUACCAACUAAAAUGACUGUUAGGCUUCCGUUAGGUAUCUCGAUAAUAUAUAUACACACCUUCACAAGUACAUCUACGACAUGGAUUGGUAGUUUGUACAACGCUCAAUGAAACAGGUCAUAUAGCCUAGCUAACGGAAUAUAAUCCGCUUUGUGACACAUGGUUUAUUCUUUUAACAAAAUAACGUAGCAUUCAGUAGACUUAGAAACCACUUUAGAAAUGAUAAAUUACAACUGCUCUAAUAUAAACCUUGCUUGAUCUUUACAGAAGGAAAAUUGACACUUUUGGCCUCUUUUCAAGUUCAGCAAUACUUUUUUUGCCAUUGUUCGAUAUGUUUUCUUUCAAAAUGUCCAGAAACGUAUCCUUAAUUUUUGUAACCAGUUGUGGUUAAUCAAAAUGAAUGGGCACGAACCAACAAAGCGUUUUAAUUUCAUCUCGUAAGCUUGAAUUGAGGUCUCUAAUCUGGUUUAAGACAUCGUUCUCUUUAUAGUACUAGCAGUGUUACAAACUUUUGGGAGUCUUUUGGGAACCAACAAAUUUAUGGAAUGUCCUUUUUUACUGUUCAAUACCCUUGGACAAGGAGUAAAAUCGUUCAAGACCGUAACUGCACCCAAGACCAAACUUCUUUGUGAGAAAAAAUUUUGGGAAAUUUUGGUCAAGAUUUUAUGCAAGAACAAAAAUGUCUUGAAUUUAUCCCGUCUUUGGCAAACAAGGUGGAAGCAGAAAAAACUUAUAAAAAAGUUAUGUACACAAAGUAGUAAGAGCAUUGCAAGUCGUCUGAGAAUUUAUACUUCCGUCUUUUCAUAAAUGAAAACAUUUUGUUAUAAGCAUUGUUAAAGUGUCUAAGAAUGGUUUGAGCAUCAUGAAAAAGCACAAGAUUUAGAAAAUGUAUUCAACUUUUUCAUCCAAGAAGGGAAAAAAUGGCAAUGCAAUGUAUGUAGAGAAUUGAAAAUGAGAGUUUAGAUUGGUGACAUUAAGGUAUUAAAAAUUCAACUACUUUCAAAAAGA